AUGAAUUUGAAGAUUUUUGUUGUUUUUGCCGCUAUCGGAUUUGGUGAGUUUUUUUUGGUUCUUUAAUAAAAUUGAGAGGGUAUAUACAGAAAGGUAGCUUUUUUUUCAAAUUUUUUGUUCGGAAAACUGAUUUCACUGUCUAUACUCUCUCAAAUUUACCUUGUUUCUAAUUAAAAUAAUAUUCUCUAUAUUUGUCAAAAAAUUCAAAAUGUGAAUUUUCUUCAUUUUUCUAUUGAAAACUUCAGUUUGAUCCUUGGAUAUUUGGGAAAAUAGAUUGAAGUUUAGGAUCUAAAGUUACCCAUUUAAAAUUUUUCAAGUAAAAAAAAUCGAAUCCUGGAAAUCACUGUUCAAAAAUUCCUUAAUUCUUCCACAAUAAUCGUGAAUUUCGUAAUUUUCCCAUCCUAAUUUCUAAAAAAGUUCAAAUAUUUGCCACUCGAAAUAUUUAUUUAUUUAUCUACCGUAUUAAAAUGAGUAAUUUGUGAGUGUGUCUAGGUUAGAUAACUGCACUAUUGUUUUUGACACACAAUCUGUUCCGCUAGAAAAAUCUGGAAUUUUUAUAUGAAAAAAAACUUUGAAAACAAUCUGAUUCUUGAUGGAUUGAGGGCAUGUUAUAGAACAAGGUUUAAAAAAAAGAAAACCGAAUAUGGGGCCAAUUUUCAAGUGGAACAAGCAUAAAAUUUGAAAUUUAGAAUACAACUUUUAAUCGAUAUUUUCCAGCAUCUUGUCGUACAAUUCCAUGUUUGGAUGGUUGCCAAUGUGAACAAUCUGAUCACGAUCCUGUAAUUCGAUGUGAUGGACUUGGCCUCAAAAAGUUCCCACUUCCAUAUUCAGAUCCACUCAAAGACUAUCACUUUUUAGGUGAUUUUAUCUUUUUCUUCCGCUUCCCAAAAUAUAAAUUUUCAGCUUUAACCUGCAAUGAUAUUCCAUCGAUUCCUUCGAUUUCACUCAUCAAAGCAUCAUUCCCAGAUUUGCAAGGAAUCGAUGUUCAAGGAAAUCCACGUCUAAAUUGCACCGAAUUGAAAUAUUUGAAAAGCGAAAUUCCAGUUUUGAGUGAUUGUGAUAAUCAAGAAGAACCACUUAAAUGUGAAUUAUUGAAUGAAAAUGAAUGUGAUUGGAAAUGUCGUGCAUUGCAAAAAUUGAAAGAUAUGUGGGUUAAAUUCAAGGAAUUGAUUUCGAGAAAGGCUAAGGAUUGGCAAGCUGAAGAAGUGAGUUUUUGAAGACAAGAACUGGGGGUUUUUUAGGUGUAAAAUGAAAAAUAUAUCUUAAAAAUUGAAGAUAAUCUUUAAGAUGAUUUACUGUUUAUUAGGAAACUAAAAUGUGAAAUGAAAACCCUUUUUGAACAUUUUUUAAACUUAUAUAAUCUUAUGAUCUCUGAAAAAUCGGGAAAAAUCAAUUGUUUUUCCAAAAAUACCCUUUUUCAGGCCUAUGAAAAAGCGAAAGCCUGGUUCACUAAACAAUUCAACGAACUUUCAGUCGCUUUUGGUGGAAACUAA